UGCAGACAUGGCCAAGUCCAAGAACCACACGACACACAACCAGUCCCAGAUAUGGCACAGAAAUGGCAUCAAGAAACCUUAAUCUCAAAGAUAGGAGUCUCUGAAAGGGGGUGGACCCCGAGUUCCUGAGGAAUAUGCGGUUUGCCAAGAAACACAACAAGAAGGGUCUGAAGAAGAUGCAGGCCAAUAACGCCAAGGCCAUGAGCGCACGGGUCGAGGUAGUCAAGGCCAAGGCAAAGCCCAAGCAGGCCAAGACCAACAUCCCAAAGGGCUGCAGCUGCAAACUCAAGCGACUGGCCUUCAUCGCCCACCCUAGACUUGGGAAACAUGUCCUGGCCUACAUGGUCAGGGGUCUCAGGAGAAAAGACAAGGCUCAGGCUCAGGCUCAGGCUCAGGCUCAGGCUAAGACCCAGGCACAGGCCCAGGCUCCAGCUGCAGCUCCAGCUGCUCCAGCUUCAGCUCCAGCCGCCCAAAGCUCCCAGGCCCCCAAGGCUGCACAGUAGAGGCUCCUUCCUUCCUGUCAGUGUGAGCACAGUGGGCCUGGUGUCCUCCUGUGUUGUUUGUACAAUAAACUUGAGACACGAUUUGUAAAAAAAAAAAAAUUGAUGGGAUUACGGUCAACAAUAUUUCAUACCCCUUCCCCAUAUUAGGGAGCUACUCUCUUCCCUGAUCCAGCUUUCUGUUCCUUUUCCAGCCACAACAUCAUCUCCCCAGACAAUAACUUGGAUCCACCUGCAUAUCAGAUUUCAGACUCAGUAUUAAAAACAAAAACAAAACUAGUAUAGCCACAGGCCCUUUUGAAUAGAACUAAAAUAUAUAAAAAUAAAACUAGCUAUCUACAAAAUGGAGAAACCCCCAACU